AUGGUUCGACAAGGACGUUUGACCAAACUCCAAUAUUCCGGAGUACGAGCAUUGAUCACCGUCGAUGUUCACGCAAGGGAUAUUAUAUCUUUUAUGGUCGUCCGCAAAAUUAAUAGCGAGGAGCACUUCGAAUGGUUGAAACAACUUCGUUACUAUUGGGAUACCGUAGAUGGUUGUGUAGCGUACUCGGCCAAUGCUCGUUGGUUGUAUGCUUUCGAAUACCUAGGUUCAUCUCCUCGAUUAGUUAUAACACCAUUAACUGACCGAUGCUACCUAUGCUUGAUGAUUGCGCUUCAGUUAUGUUUAGGAUGUGCAUUGUCUGGACCAUCAGCUACCGGUAAAACUGAAACGGUCAAGGGACUCGCGAAAGCGUUAGCUACACAAUGUGUCGUAUUCAACUGUUCUGAUGGAUUGAAUUAUAAGACAAUGGGUAGAUUCUUUUCUGGCUUAGCUCAAUCGGGAUCUUGGUGUUGUUUCGACGAAUUCGACCGGGUAGAGAUUGAAGUACUAUCGGUCAUCGCGCAACAGCUAAUCACUAUCACGAACGCAAAACUGACUAAUGCCAAUAAGUUCACAUUCGAAGGUCGAGAGAUUAGGCUUAUCAGGACAUGUGCAGCAUUUAUAACGAUAAAUCCAGAAUAUGCGGGAAGAAGCGAACUACCCGAUAAUCUAAAAGCAUUGUUUAGAUCUGUGGCAAUGAUGAUACCAGACUAUAGUUUAAUUGCCGAGGUGGUAUUGUAUUCUGAAGGGUUUAAAUUGUCAAAAAUGCUGUCUCAUAAAAUAGUAAAAAUGUAUCAAUUGUGCAGUGAACAGCUUUCCAUUCAAAACCACUAUGAUUUUGGAAUGAGAGCUCUAAAAAGUAUUUUAGUAAUGGCUGGCUUGUUGAGACGAGAAAAUCCUCUCAUUGAAGACAAUUUAGUCGUAAUCAAAGCAUUGAGAGAUAGUAAUUUACCGAAAUUUUUAAAAGAUGACGCCAUAUUAUUCAAGGAUAUAUUAAACGAUCUAUUUCCCGGAGUUUUCUUGCCAGAACAAGAUUAUGAAAUAUUCCUAUCGACUGCCAAAGACGUGAUGGAAAACGAAGGCUAUCAAAUAAAAGAACGCAUUUAUGUAAAAGUUAUACACUUAUUGCAAACAAUAAUUUUCAGACAUGGUAUCAUGACUGUUGGUUCGGCGGGGAGUGGAAAAACUACGAUUUUAAAAAUACUUGGUAAAACAUUAUCAGAGCUUUACAAUAAGAAAAUAGAAAACCAACAUUAUAGGCCAGUGAACAUAUACCAACUGAAUCCUAAAGCGAUUACUAUCAGCGAACUUUACGGCCGACUGGAUCUCCAUACAAUGGAAUGGAGAGACGGAGUACUAGGAAAAAUUAUAAGAAAAACAGUUCAAGAUGAAACGGAAGAAUUUCAGUGGGUGGUAUGCGACGGCCCCGUAGAUGCAAUAUGGGUCGAAAAUCUAAAUACCGUACUUGACGAUACUAAGAUUUUGUGUCUGGCCAAUUCCGAACGCAUAAAAUUGAGUUCUUGGGUUAGAAUGAUUUUUGAAGUUGGUGAUUUAUCACAAACAUCACCCGCUACAGUUAGCAGAUGUGGAAUUGUUUAUAUGGACACAUCAGACCUAGGAUGGUUACCAUACGUUCACUCGUGGGCAAAUAGAUUACAAAAUGAUGUUAUUAAAAGUAGUUCAGAAUUAAAAAACUAUUUAGUGUCACUAUUCGAAACUUAUGUCAACGAAGGUUUUUCAUUUAUUGACAAAUAUUGUUUGGCUCCCAUUAAACAGGUUGAAAUUAGUAAAGCUACUACGCUGUGCGCCAUUCUUGAAUCUUUAUUAACUGAUCCAGGUAGUUUUGAUGCGUCAACAGAAAUGUCAAAAGUCCAAAAAUAUAUUUAUCAGUCAUUCAUAUUUUCAUAUUUAUGGUCUCUGGGAUCGAAUUUAGUCGAUUCUUCUCAAAUAAAAUUCGAAAAUUUCGUUUUCAAUCAAUUCGCAGACAAAUCUGAAUAUGGUAUUCUACCUGGAAUGAAAUUAUUCAACGUAUAUCUUAACAUGGAAAGUAAAAAGUUUGAAAAUUGGAAUACCAUCGUGCCAGAUUUUGUGUACAAGUCCGGUACACCUUAUCACGAAUUACUAGUUCCCACAGUAGAUAGCAUUCGGUAUACACACGUUGUACAAACGAUACUACAAAUGAAUCAACCAGUGAUGUUGACUGGAACAACAGGUGUGGGUAAGAAUUCGGUAGCAAAUUUCGUCAUGCAAUACUUGACGUCUAAGGGUGACUGGAUAACUGGAACGAUAAAUUUUUCUGCGUACACUAAUAGUAACAGGACCCAAGAAUUAUUAGAAUCAAAAUUAGUGAAAAAAAAACGAAAUCGUUUCGGUGCACCGGUAAAUAAACGUUUGGCGCUUUUUAUCGAUGACGUCAACAUGCCGAUACCCGAAGUUUACGGUGCUCAACCUCCUAUUGAAUUACUAAGACAGCUUUUGGACUCCGGUGGCAUAUAUGAUAGAGAUAAACUCCAUUGGAAGGACAUAGAGAAUGUGAUUUUGUGCACCAUCUGCGCACCUCCAGGAGGGGGACGAAAUCUAUUAACUCCAAGAUUUACGAGACACUUAUCAGUGAUUUUCAUGCCCAUUGCGAGUGAAAUUGCCCUGAGAACUAUAUUCACCUCUAUUUUAGACGGGUUUCUAGAAGAGUUCCCUCCAAAUAUAGCGGGUUCUAGUUCAGAAGUAGUGAAAGCCAGUGUUGAAAUGUAUUUGCGAAUUUCAGAAGAACUGUUACCAACUCCGGCUAAGCCACACUAUGUUUUUAAUAUUAGAGAUUUGUCGAAGACCAUACAAGGAGUCUUGCAAGCUAAUUUCAUCACAAUACCGGAUAAAACACAUUUAUACAGGUUAUGGUAUCAUGAAACAUUGCGUGUGUAUCACGACCGUUUGGUUUGCCAAAAAGACAGGUCAUAUUUCUUUAACCUUCUUCAGGACGUGUGCAUACGUUAUUUUAACACUACUGUGUUAGACUUUUCCAAAUCUACUGACAAAAAUUCAUCACGUCCUCCAAUGUUAUUAUUUGGUGAUUUCAUGAAUCCAGUUUCAAAAGAGAGACGGAUUUACGAAGAAAUAAUUGAUAUCGAUAAAUUAAAAACCACAUUGGUCGAAAAUUUAACAGAUUUCAAUAUAGUUUAUAAGAAAAACAUGCACAUCAUAUUUUUCAUGGACGCCAUCGAGCAUGUCACACGCAUUGCGAGGAUAUUGAGAUCCGAAAGAGGAAACGCUUUACUCGUCGGAGUUAAUGGAAUGGGCAAACAAUCGUUGACAAAAUUGUCUUCACACCUUAACAAUUUUAAAUGUUUUCAAAUCGAGUUAACAAAAUCAUAUAAUCAUACUACUUUUCGUGAAGACCUAGUGAGUCUUUAUCACAACACUGGUGUGAAAUUUGAAGACACCACAUUUUUACUAACGGAUAAUCAAAUAGUGCAAGAAGAAUUUUUAGAAGAUAUAAACAAUAUUUUAAGCUCAGGGGAAGUACCAGAUUUAUUUAAACAUGAUGACUUGGAGAAGGUGAUAACCUCUUGCCGGCCGGCAGCAUUGAGUCUGGGAAUCGACGGCCAAAACCAUGAAGCGAUGUUCAGGUUUUUCAUUCAGCGCGUACGGUCUAAACUCCAUCUGGUCGUCUCCAUGAGCUCGAUCGGCGAUGCGUUUAGACGAAGAUGCCGGCUGUUUCCUUCGUUGGUUUAUAACUCGACAAUAGAUUGGUUUGACGAUUGGCCGACCGAAGCUCUUUUGUCUGUGGCUCACCAAAGUUUAGACAAGGCUUUUGGACGACCAGAAAAUCCAGACCUCGUUGACAGUCUAACGAAUAUGUGUCACACAAUGCACUUGGCGAUCAGUCGAGCCACUGAAAAAUUUUGCAGACAAACAGCUAGGAGUUGCUACGUAACUCUCAGGAGUUAUUUGGAAUUUCUGAAGUUAUACGUGACAAUGCGGGGAUCACAAACUGACAAGAUUAAAAACGAUUCGGAUCGAAUUUCGAAUGGCUUGCGCAAAUUAUAUGAGACAUUUGACAUGGUGGGAGAUAUGAAAACAAAAUUAAAAUCAAUGGCACCGGCACUGUUAGAGAAAAAUGAAGCCACUUCAAAAUUAAUGGAAGGGUUGACUAGAGAAAAGGCGAGCGUAGAUAAGGUGCGGCAAAUAGUGCUUGUGGAAGAGACAGCAGCGAAAAUGAAAGCUUCGGCCGCGCAGGAAAUAGCUGAAGACGCGCAAAGAGACCUUACUUUGGCUAUGCCGGCCAUGGAAGCGGCCAAGGCAGCAUUAGAAUCACUCAACAAAAACGAUAUAAACGAGCUUCGGAUGUUGAGCAAGCCACAUAAACUUGUUCAGACCGUUAUGGAAGCCGUGUGUUUAUUAUUGGCCAAAAAAACUGAUUGGACUUCCGCUAAAACCGUAUUAGGAGAUGCCAAUUUUCUAAAAGCUCUACAGGAAUACGAUACAGACAAUAUAUCUGAUAAAAUGAUCAAUCAACUUAAGCCUUAUAUAGAAGAUCCAGAUUUCAAUCCACAGAAAGUAGCUACUCAAUCAAAGGUAGCCAAAUCGAUGUGCAUGUGGGUUCGAGCAGUUCACAGUUACUAUUUAGUAUAUCGAAUAGUAGAACCCAAAAGAAAGAAGCAACAAGAAGCUGAAGAUGAACUCAAUGUUGUGUUGAAAGAACUAAGAACAAAACAAAAAAUGUUAGCUGAUGUAGAAGAACGUCUACAAAAACUCGAAGACAUUUACGACCAGAGCGUUUCAGAAAAGAAUAAAUUAGAAUUGAAUAUAGAGCGAACGCAAUCGCGGUUAAACCGGUCAGAUUUACUAGUUGCGGCGCUGAGUGACGAACAGCAGAGAUGGGAAAACAGUUUGAAGACGUACUCACGACGCCUCUUGACCAUAGCUGGAGACACAAUAAUAGCAGCUGGAAGCAUCACCUAUCUGGGUCCAUUUACGGAUGGCUAUCGUAAGGAGAUAACCCUUUCAUGGUUACAUGAGUUAAAGCGACACAACUUAGGACAUUCACCGAAUUAUUCCCUGACCUCUGUACUGGUCGAUCCUUCGGAGCUGCGGUUGUGGAAUGUCUGUGGUCUGCCCAGGGAUUCGUUUUCAACGGACAGUAUGAUAAUCGCGACAAGAGCAAGUCGAUGGCCGCUAAUGAUAGACCCCCAAGGGCAGGCAAACGAAUGGAUCAAGGCUUUAGAAGCAGACAGCUCUCUAAGGACGUGCAGAGGUACGGAUUCCGCCGAUGACCUGACGGACGCGAUUAUUGAUGCUGUCAGGUUGGGUGGUGCAGUUUUAAUCGAAGGCCUCGAUGAGUACAUAAACCCUGCACUCAAACCUGCGCUGGAGAACGUCACGUUUUUACGAGACGGAUGUCUUUUGAUUCGAAUCGGAAAUACUGAUGUAGAAUACGACAGUAAGUUCAGAUUCUACAUGACGACCAAAAUGUCAAAUCCUCAUUACCAACCAAACGUGUGGAUACAAGUGACGAUGAUAAAUUUUAUGGUAACGCCGACGGGGUUAGAAGACCAGUUAUUGGUUGACGUCGUACGAUUAGAAAGGCCUGAUUUAGAAGAAAAACGGACUGAAACGAAUUUGAUUAUAAAUAACGACAACAAUCUAUUAAAAGAAAUGGAAGAAAAAACGUUGAGAAUGCUAUACAUGUCAGAGGGAAACAUUUUAGAUGAUGAAGAACUCAUCGAUACGCUCAACAACAGCAAGGAAUCGUCAAUUAUUAUCGCUGGGCGUUUGAUUGAUGCGGAAGAAACGGAAAAAAGUGUCAGUACUGCAAGAGAGCGUUAUCGAGCGAUAGCAAAACGAGGUUCAUGCCUUUAUUUUGUUGUGGCUCAACUAUCUGAAAUCAACAUUAUGUAUCAGUUUUCAUUGAAAUAUUUUAAUUCUAUACUUUGCGAUGUAAUAAAAAACAGUAACAAAUCGAUUAAAAUCGACGUGAAAUUGCCGGCCAUGAUCGAAGAUAUUACUCUGGCAAUUUAUUCGAAUAUUUCUAGAGGCCUGUUUGAACAUCAUAAAUUAAUAUUCAGUUUCUUGCUCAGCAUCAACGUACAUUUACAAACCGGUAAAAUCACUAAUGCCGAAUGGAAUUUUUUGGUUCAUGGGCCUACGGCAGAAAAACAAGUUCCGGAGAAACCAAUGGUAUUGGCAUUGACGGAAGACGUGUGGAAAACUGUAAACUACAUGUCUGAAGUUUUUCCUAAAUUUAAAAGUCUUUCGGAAAACUGCACUGGACGUAUACAAAUCAAACUUGGAGAUUUCACUCUGAAUAUUCAUUUAGAUCCCAAAAAUAAUAAUCCAGCACUAAAUUGGGAUUCAAUUUUGAAUCCAUUUGAAAAACUUAUGAUUAUCAGAGCAUUUAAAGAAGAAAAAUUAAUUUGCGCGAUCUCUAAUUACGUUAGCGUCGAACUCGGUAAAAAGUUUGUAGAAAGUCCGGAAGUUUCUCAUCGUUUAUUGUACACCAAUACGUCUUCGACAUUACCUUUAAUUUUCAUACUUAGUCCAGGUUCAGAUCCAUUUAAGUCUUUCCAAAAGUUUUCAGCGGAAUUCGGAACAAUAGACAAGUUACAUACAAUAUCUCUAGGCCAGGGCCAGGGAUUUACAGCAGAAAAGCUAAUAAAGGAUGGCAAAGAACAGGGGAACUGGGUUUUCUUACAAAACUGUCAUUUAGCACCGUCGUGGUUGCAUCACAUGGACAAUUUAGUUCAAGAACUGAUCAAUAACCCGUUGGAUGUCAACCAAAAUUUCCGACUGUUCUUGAGUUCAGUGCCGUCAAAAACUUUUCCUACUUUCGUCCUACAAAAUUCGUUGAAAGUUACUAUCGAACCACCAAAAAGCUUGAGGGCAAAAAUGAAAAAAUCUUUUGGAAAUAUGAAUAUAGAUUUCUUUGAAGACAAUGCUUUUGGAUCUGAUUGGCGAAAAAUGGUAUUCGGGCUAUGUUUUUUCCACGCUGUCAUAUUAGAAAGAAAGAAAUUCGGAUCACUUGGAUGGAACGUACCGUAUGCGUUUACUGACAGUGACCAAGAAUACGCUUUGCACUUAUUACAUACGUACUGCUUAACUGCAAAAAAAAUACCCUGGGAAGCCUUGCAAUACAUCACUGUUGAGAUAAACUAUGGUAGCAGAGUCAACGAUUACUGGGAUCAAAAAACUCUGAAGACGAUACUAUUGAAUUUCCUAGGACCUCGUACACUUGAUUCAAAUUAUAAAUACUCUGAGUCUGGCGUUUACAUUUGUCCGGAAACAGAAAACUGUACCACGAUCGAUAACUAUAAGAAAUUUAUUAAUAAACUACCACUAACCGAAGAAAUAGAAAUAUUCGGAAUGCACAUAAAUGCCAACAUAGCAUAUCAAGCUAGAGAAACACAAGAGGCGUUACGCACAAUCGUUUGUGUCUACCCGAAAUCACUAACAGUACCUGCUUCUAAACCAGAUGACGAAAUCGUUAUAGACGUAGCUGUCAAUAUUUCCAAAAGACUCACUAACUUUAUAGAUUUUCAUCAAUCUCAUUUUACAAUAUUGAAAUCAGACGAAAAAGGACGACUGCCUCCAUUAUCUACAGUCUUAUCACAAGAGAUCGAACGUUUUAAUACAUUACUGGACGUCGUGCACAAUACUUUAACUGACCUACGUGAGGCUAUUGAAGGACAUGCGAUUAUGUCUAGAGAAUUAGAAAUAGUUUACUGGUCAUUCGUGAAUAAUACUGUACCGGCAAUGUGGCAGAACAGAGCAUAUCCCUCUCUGAAGACAUUGGGUAGUUGGAUCAAAGACUUGAUAUUAAGACUUGACUUUAUUAAUAUCUGGACAAAAUUUGGAAGUCCUCCUUCUUACUGGAUAUCUGGUUUGUAUUUUCCACAAUGUUUCAUCACCGGAUGUCUUCAAAGGCACGCCAGGAAAUACGGCAUACCCGUAUAUAGCUUAAAAGUUGAUUUUGAGCUUACCAGCACUGUUCUGGCACAAGAGGAAAUUUCUGCCAUGCACUCGACCAGUUUAAAAGAAGAAAUUCAAGUUUAUAAAGGUUUGACGGAAAGAGAUGAUGGUGUUUACAUCCACGGGCUGUUUCUAUGCGCUGGACGCAUCGACUUGACCAGCAAACGUCUAGUGGAUCCCAUUCCCGGUGACUUAUAUUCUCCACUACCAGUUGUACAACUAAUUCCAUCCAUAGAAAUAGAAGAAAAAAGGUUACGAUAUAAUUGUCCUGUGUAUAAUACGACAGCUCGAACAGGUGUUUCUUCAACCACUGGACAUAGUACACAUUUUGUGAUUUCCAUGUUAUUGCCGACAGACUUUCCGGAGAACUAUUGGAUACUUAAGGGAACCGCUCUAAUUGCUCAAAUAUAA